AUGAUAUCAGCAAAGCUGACGUCGGACGAUAUAGUCUUGACAAGCCUUGAUUUUGUCGAGCGAUUAGACUUUAUCAGACCGAAAUCAAGUCAUACGCUGCAAGAAAGAACGGAGCACCUGCUGCAUUUCGGUGUGCUUUUGCGAAUGCGAAUCCUUGACAUCUUUGGCAGCCUCCUGUACGUCUAUUACGAUAAUUUCAGCGUCGCGGAAGUGGAGGCGUUGCACAAAGUGUAUCAAGAGAUUUUCAAUCGACGAUACAAUAUAUUCAGCCUGAUUCCCGGCAUCUUGAAGAAAGAAACUAUAAGACCGUCUGAGAUCUGCGACGAAAUUUAUGCUCACGUGAAAUCUUGUCUGAGAAACAGCGCGACCGUGUGCAGCAGAAUCAAGAAGCACAAUCUUUUGGAUCUCGACGAUCUUGAAACGUCAUCCGGUUUGAAUGUCACGUUUUUGGUGUAUCGUUUGUCGAAACUGUCGAAGCAAUACCCCAGAGGAUUUUCGCUCGAGGCAUUGCUGAGAUUUCUGGAAAAGGAAGUGCUGACGAUUACGCCUGGUCUAUUAUCCGGACUUCUUUAUCACGUGAGAUACGAGAGCUACGACGAUGAGGUACGUCUUGCCGAGCGAGAGCUCGUACGACACUUCCACGAGAUGCAAAUCACCGAAUCAAGUUCGACGAUAAUCCUGAAACAGUUGACCACGAGAGAACUGAAAAAAUUCCACAGUGUGAAUUCUCUCUUUCGGUAUUACAUGAGCAUUUAUAUCGAGAAUAUUUCGGAUGACAAUUUGAAGAGACACGCAUUCCUACUUGUGAAACGUAUCGCCGACGAUAUCGGCACGAUCGACGAAAACAUCCUGUUGCUCGGCAACGUCUACGAGGAUCGCAUGAUACACGUCAAAUAUCUCUUUGACCUUGUAUUGCCCGAUGACGUGCUUGAUAAAGACGUCAUCGAUGCUAAAAAAUUUCUGGUGAAAAAAUUGGAGAAGUUCAACGUGGUGGAGAGAUAUCUCAGAGUGCAUAAAUAUCAACAGCUUACACCGGCGCAGCUUGCGUUGGAAAUUACCGGACAGCUGAGGGACAUCGACUUUGUCAAGGACAUCGCGAUAUCUCUGCAUAUGCAUGCGAAAUACUGGCGCAGCAGUCACAUGAUCGAGACUCUCCCCGAACUUCUGCAACUGUUCGACGCCUACGAGAAUCUGCGUCACGUGCUGACAUAUCAGGACAUGAUGCAGAAAAUCGACCAGAUCAAAGAAAGUCUGUCGGCCAUGAAGGACGUUCCCGUCGAGAUUCUUUGCAAUGCUCCGCGAACUUGUUUGCAAAUAGGUCUGCAAUCAGUUUUACGUUGCAAAUUAGUGAGUUCCGAAAUCAAGAAUCUUAUCAGAGACUUUUUCAAGCUGAGCAAUAUGUGCGUAGAUAUAAAAUUGGAGAAUCGCGUGAAAAACAUUCCGCUAACAUUGUCGAGAGUGAAAGUAACCACAAAAGUCAUGAAUGCAACAACAAAGACCAUACCGAUGACCACGACUCCACUUAGUACGAGCGAAACAAAGACAGAAAGUUUUGAAACAUCGGAAGAAAGUACGGAAAAAGUUACGAAGGUGAGCGAGAUCGCUGUGGAACCAAAAACUACUACAGAGUCAGUGAGCAUAUCAACUCCGAUAAUCACCACAAAGUUUAAAAUGCCAAAAAUGACGACGACGAUGAUGAAGACUGAAACAUCAACAAUUACUACAGAAUUACCCGCAAUUACUGACACCGAAUCACCCACAACUACUACUACUGAAUCACCCACAACAACUACCACAGAACCAUCCACAACAAUUACCACGGAAUCAUCCACAAUAACUACCACAGAACUACUUACAACAACUACCACAGAACCAACCACAACUACCACAGAACCACCCACAACAACUACUACAGAACCAUCCACAACAAUUACCACGGAAUCAUCCACAGUAACUACCACAGAACUACUUACAACGACUACCACAGAACCAACCACGACUACCACAGAACCAACCACAACUACCACAGAACCACCCACAACAACUACUACAGAACCAUCUACAACAAUCACCACAGAAUCACCCACAAUAACUACCAUAGAACUACCUGCAACAACUACGACAGAACCAACCACAACUACCACAGAACCACCCACAACAAUUACCACAGAACCACCCACAACUAUCACAAAACUACCUAAAAAAACUACUACAGAAUUACCUAAGACAACUAUUACAAUAUCGCCCACAACCACUACUAAAUUACCCAUAACGAGUACAACAUUGCUCACCACAUCACCUGCAACAUCUACUACAAUAUCAUUAACCACAGAAAAGAUACCAACGAUCGAUAUGGAACUGUCACGUUCAAAAGUCGAGUUAAGCAUGUCCGAGAGCGAAGAGAUCUCUACAACGACUUCCUUAUCAAAAGAGUGUGAGUCCAAUGAAUGUGGAAUAAGUUUGAAAAAAAUUGUCAAGAAUGUGACUUCGGCGCCAACGACGAAGAAGGUUUCUUCAAUUCCCUUCAAAAUUUUCAAAACAUAUCAUAGACUAACGACGAAGAAAAUUAUUCCUGAGACAACAACAGCAAUGACGGAGUUACACGAAACAACAACAAAAAAAGAGUAUGAUUGCGUGACGAGAUCUUGUUCGGAAGAAUGUGAAUCCGAGACCGUCGAGUCGGCGACAAAAUCCUGCGAAGUCAGUUGUGACUCCGAAGAGGAUUGCGACGAGGAGGAGAGUUUAAUCGAGAAUGUUUCCAAAAAGAUGGAAAAUCACACGAUCGAAUGUCACAAACAAUGCGAGCAAGAGUCUUCGGAGAUUUCGUCGGGAUGCGAGACGGACAAAAGUUGCGAAUGCGCGUCCACGGAUGAAAAGAGUGCCGAGUGCGUGACGCUGUGCCGAUCGGACAGCUCGUCGUGCGAGGACGAUCAGGACAACUGCUCGAUGUUGGAAAUGCCGACGAUCGAUAUAAAGUUGAACCGCAGGCAACAAAACGCACUUUGCGAAAUCCGAGAUUUCCAUCAUCGGCGCCAGAAGAGCCGAUUGGCGAAAAUGCGGGCGAUCAGCGCCGCCGCCGUGGCGUCGCACACUGACGUCCUUCGAUCGAGGACGUCGCGACGCCGACCGCGAAUCAUGACCAAAAAGCUGUACAAUUUGCUGGCCGCCGAGCUACCGCGAUCCAAGGACAAGAAGUCCAAAAGGAUAACGGAAUACCUGCUAAAACGAUCCGGACUGAACAAGAUCAAAGGAGACGGUCGAAAGCGUCGCAAGGAACGGGAAGAGAUUUACAGACUGAGAAAGAAGAUGGCCAGGAAACUGAAAAACAAGAGAUUAAGUGGUGACGCGUACGGUCAACCCGAGAGGAUACCUAAACAAAAUGUGAUCUCGAAGCAUUAA